AUGGCCGCCACUUAUGCAAUCAUUGGCAGCACAGGAAACUGUGGCUCUGCACUCAUUCGAAAUCUUCUUAAGUCUCCCAAAAAUAAAAUCCAUGCCUACUGCCGCAAUCAGAAAAAGCUGCAUGGCUUGAUACCCGAGGUCGUCGAUAACAAGAACGUUGAAGUUUUCGCGGGUAGCAUCUACGACGUUGAGCUCAUCACCAACUGCGUGCGAGGCACCAAGGCAGUAUUCCUUGUGGUAACCACGAAUGACAACGUGCCCGGCUGCCGCCUCAGUCAAGAUAGUGCUGCAUGUGUUAUUCAAGCAUUGGAGAGGAUUAAAGCGGAUGCCGGUCCAGGAGUCAAGUUACCAAAGUUGAUCCUGCUGAGCUCGGCGACUAUUGACGAUCAUCUUGCUCGUCAUAUGCCCGGAUGGUUCCGCCCAAUUAUGUUGGCGGCGGCUUCUCAUGUCUACGAAGACCUCAGGCUCACCGAGGUUUUCCUCCGCUCACACUCGGACUGGGUCUCCACCAUUUUCAUUAAACCUGCCGGCCUAUCAGUGGAUGUUUCACGUGGACAUAGAUUGACACUCGAUGAAGAAGAAAGCUUUAUCAGUUAUCUGGAUCUUUCAGCCGGCAUGAUUGAGGCAGCAGAGGACGAGGAAGGGAGGUACGACGGAAGAAAUCUUGGUGUCGUGAAUGCGCAGCGGGGUGUUGGAGCUAAAUUCCCGAAGGGAACUCCGAUGUGUAUAUUGAUGGGCUUGAUGAGGCAUUUCUUUCCAUGGUUGCACCCAUAUUUGCCUACGACGGGGCCUGCGUAG